GUCUAAAGGCUUUCGACGGCAUGGCGCUGUUCCACGUCGCGCGUUACGCGGGCCCCGAAGCUGCAGGGCCCCCGGGAUCCGAGGCCGAAGUGGGCGGCCGGGCGCUUGCGCUGCUCGAGCGACUGCAGAGCCGGGCCCGCGAGCGGCAGCGCAGAGAGCCAGAGCCCACGGCCGCUGAGACGGCCUCUGAGGCGGCGGGCAGACGGAGGCGGCGGCCCCGGCGGCGGCGGCGAGUAAGCGACUCGGCAACUGGCAACCCAGACUUACCGAGGACAAAGCGACGGAAAACAGACAUUGAGCACACGGACGCUGGAAGCAGCGAGGCGGUGUCGGAGAAGCCCAGUGCGGCCGCAGAAGUGCGUCUGCCGGAGGCGACUAGACCCCCUAUUUCCGGUCCGGUGCUGGGGGGAUUCGCGAGGAAAAACACACCUAAGGUCCAGCCUUUCCUGCCAAAGUGGCUGGCUGAGCCAUGCCAUGUCGAGAAGAAUGUCACUGAGGAUCUUACUCCCCUUGAGGACAUCCCUGAGGUGCACCCUGACUUGCAGAAACAGCUGAGGGCACAUGGCAUCUCUUACUACUUUCCAGUCCAAGCAGCUGUAAUUCCUGCCCUCCUAGAGAGCUCAACUAGUGGGUUUCUGGUAGGUAGAGGUGGCUACCAGCCCAGUGACCUCUGUGUUUCUGCCCCAACGGGUAGUGGCAAGACCCUGGCUUUUGUCAUCCCUGUGGUGCAGGCCCUGCUGUAUCGAGUGGUCUGCAACAUCCGUGCCCUGGUUAUACUGCCCACCAAGGAGCUGGCCCAGCAGGUAAGCAAAGUAUUCAAUAUCUACACGGAUGCCACACCUCUGCGGGUUGCCCUGGUAACUGGACAGAAGUCACUGGCCAAAGAGCAGGAGAGCCUUGUCCAGAAGACAGCUGAUGGUUACCGUUGCCUGGCUGAUAUUGUGGUGGCCACACCUGGUCGCCUGGUGGACCACAUUGACCAGACCCCAGGAUUUAGCCUCCAGCAGCUCCGUUUCCUGGUCAUUGAUGAAGCUGACCGGAUGAUAGAUAGCAUGCACCAGUCCUGGCUGCCACGGGUGGUGGCGGCAGCCUUCCACUGUGACAGCCCCACAGACUCUUGUACCUUGCUCCAGAGGAGGCAGCCCCAGUCUGUGACCACUGCCAGCACUUGCUUCCCCCAGAUGCCUCUGCAAAAGCUGCUAUUCUCAGCUACCCUGACCCAGAACCCUGAGAAGCUCCAACGACUUGAUCUCUACCAGCCCAGGCUUUUUUCCACAGGGCUGGUGAACAGACAACACCCCAGAGAUACAGAUAUGGCGGUGGAAGAAGUCUCAGAGGGGAAGUAUGCCUUCCCUGUGGGUCUUACGCACCACUAUGUGCCUUGCAGACUCAACUCCAAGCCACUCGCUGUCCUGCACCUGGUUCUCAGGAUGAAACUUACCAGAGCUCUCUGCUUCACCAACUCUAGAGAGAACUCUCACAGGCUCUUUCUGCUAAUGCAAGCUUUUGGGGGUGUAAGUGUGGCUGAGUUCUCCUCCCGCUAUGGUCCUGGCCAGAGGAGGAUGGUUCUGAAGCAGUUUGAACAGGGCAAGAUCCAGCUCCUUAUCAGCACAGAUGCCACUGCCCGAGGCAUUGACGUGCAGGGGGUAGAGCUGGUAAUCAACUAUGAUGCCCCUCAGUACCUGCGGACCUAUGUGCACAGGGUUGGGAGAACAGCUCGAGCUGGAAAAACCGGACAGGCCUUCACUCUACUUCUGAAAGUACAGGAAAGGAGGUUCCUUCAGAUGCUAGUAGAGGCUGGGGUGCCUGAGCUGGUGCACCAUGAGAUCCCCAGUGAGUUCCUGCAGCCACUAGUCCCUCGGUAUGAGAUGGCCUUGUCCCAGCUUGAAAAGAUUGUCAAGGAAGAACAGAAGCUAAAGGUGGCCUAGGCAAGGAUUUGGGAAACUAGUGAUGCCUCCUGCUGAAAUGAGUCACCAUCUUUGAGCACUGCAUAUUCUGUGAGCAGAAGAUGAAAAUCCUUGAAGUAGCAGCCAGUGGAAACCGCGCAUUUUCUUCUUUUUCUCUUUUUUUGAGGCAGGGUCUCACUGUAGCUCAGGGUGGCCUGGAACUCACAGCGAUCCUCCUACCUCUGCCUCCCGAGUGCUGGGAUUAAAGGUGUACCCCACCA